AUGUCUGACAACAACUCUUCCACUCUGGGCUCCUAUGUCAACCAGGCCACUGGCAUGGCCCAGCGCGCCUUUGGAGCAGUAACUGGUGACUCCUCCACCCAGGCCAAAGGCGAACUCUCCCAAGAACAAGGCGAAAUCCAAAACGCCAACUCCCACACCACCGCCAAGCUAGGCAACAUCACCGCAGACCCGAACACCGGCGCCGUCGCCAAGGACAGCAGCAAACGCUCCGACGGUUCCUGGGACCAGACCAUCGGUUCCGCGAAGGAAGCCAUCGGCAACGCUAUUGGCAACGAGAACCUGCGCCAGGCGGGCGUUCAGCAGAACGCCGCUGGCAAGGAGCAGGAGGCCAAGGGCCAGUUGAAGGAUUGGGGCGAGGGUAUCCAGGACCGGGCUCAGGGACACCUUGGUGCCGUUGGUGCGGCUAUUACUGGUGAUCGGGAGGAGCAGAAGAAGUUUGAGGAGAUGCAUGAUGAGGGCAAGGUUCGUCAGCGUGGAGCUGAGGCUGAUAUGGCCAAGCGUCAGGGGGCUUAA